AGUGGGGAAUUUAGCCUUUCAACAAAAUUUUGUUGUCAAACUCAGUCGUCGUCUUUUUCUGAGAAAAGUAGGGAGCGCGUAGUGAAAAAGAAGCAAUGAAUUGACAGUGAGAGAGAAAAUAUUCAAACAAUUAAUCAUCCACGAGAGAUCUCAAGCUAAAGAGUGUUUAGAGUUUUUCCUGCGUGUUUUGCGACGUGGAUUUUCCGCCAUGAAGUCAAAAAUUGAUUUCAAUGAGGCUCUCAAAGAUUCCCCAACUUUCCGGUCAGUAUUGGAUGAUGAAGAGAAUGACAUCGAGCAUUUGGAGCAGAAGAUUGAGCGUGUGCUGAAGAUGUGCACCACUGCUGUGGAUUCAGGCAAGGAAUAUGUUAAGAACAAUUCCGCCUUUGCCACUUCCCUGUGGGAUCUCCAGAGGCACUUUAAGGACGACAGGACGUCACAUAGUGCCCUGGAGAAGGUAAUCCAUUGUCUCCAGGAGAUGAAUAAAUUCCACACAAUCCUGCUGGAUCAGGCAAGUCGAACUGUCCUGAAGAAUCUCACAUCUUUCAUCAAAAGUGAGAUCAAAGAAGUCAAGGACUACAAGAAUCUCUUCCUGAAAGUCUCAGAGAAUCUCGAUGGGGCACUUCAGAAGAAUGCCCAAGUGAACAAGAACAAACCAACGGACGUUCAGGAGACAGAAAAUUAUCUUUCAGCCACAAAAUCUUGCUUCCAGCAUACAGCCCUGGACUACGUCAAUAUUCUCACGAUGCUCCAGGCCAAGAAGAAACCCGAAAUACUCUCCACACUCCUCAGCUACGUUCAAGCCUGUAGCACUUACUAUCAUCAGGGUUCAGACUUGUGUGAGGAUUUUGAUCCAUAUUUCAAGGUGUUGGCCGAUGAUAUUUGUACAAUGCGCUCAGAUUGUGCAACUCUGGAGAAGACAAUGCAGAAUCGCCAUGCGUCUGUGACCAACUUCGAUCAGGGACACACUGAGGGGUACCUCUUCAAGAGAACCUCCAAAGGUUUCAAAACAUGGAAUCGUCGAUGGUUCUACAUCUCGGGCAAUCAGCUGCUUUAUCGAAAGAGAAAUGGAGAAGAGAGUCCCACCGUUAUGGAGGAAGAUCUCAGUAUUUGCACCGUUCGACUGGCCAAUGAGUGCGACCGCCGUUUCUGCUUUGAGGUGAUUUCUCCCACGAAAAGCCAUAUGCUCCAGGCAGAUUCAGCUGAUUCCCUAAAAGCCUGGUUCUGUGCUCUUCAGAGUGGAAUUGGAGCGGCAAUUCAGAAUAACAAUUCCAAAUCUCUCUUAACAUCAUCCAGUUCUGACCCUUCAAAGCCCUCCGGGGACACUAAAAAGGUCAACUGGGAGUAUUUUCUGACGAUUCCUGGCAACAGUGCUUGCUGCGACUGUGGCCAUCCUCAGCCCAAAUGGGCGUCUAUCAAUUUGGGCAUCACACUCUGCAUCGCCUGUUCGGGUAUUCAUCGUAGUCUGGGAGUGCACUACAGCAAAGUGCGCUCCCUGACGCUGGAUGCGUGGGAGCCGGAGAUCAUUAAGGUGAUGACAGAACUUGGCAAUGGGGUAAUUAAUCGGAUUUACGAGGCCAAUGCCGAGAACUGUGGAGGGGUUGAGAGAGCCACGGAAAAUUGUGACAUUUCCGUGAGGGAGGCCUGGAUUAAGGCAAAGUAUGUUGAGAGGCGCUUUGUGGCCUCACUGACUUCCAUUACGGAUGCUCUCUGUGCUGAAAGUGCACGUAGUUUUGGAACAACAAAUCGCCGUGGCAAGGCUUUUCAGGCUGCCAGGUGGAGCGUGAAGAAGCUGAGACGUCGUCAGAAGUCGUCUUCGUUGAAAGUUACACCAUCGCCAGAGACCCAAUCGGGUGAAUCGUCAUCGGGUCAUGAGGAACACAGUGAGCAAGAUGAGGAGGAAGAGGAUUGUAAUGAGGACAAGGAUGAUGGAGAUGAAAAGCAAGCGGUUAAGGUUGAUGUGGUAUUUGGGGAGAAUCUCAGUGAACCCCUAAAUCAGGCAUCUUUCUGCCUGGAUUCGGACGAUGAGUCAGUGAAUGAUGAGGAACAGACGCAGGACAAUGAAGACAUUCACAAGCUCAAUCCGGAUGUUUUGCUCUACAAAGCAGCUCUUGUUCACAAUUUACCGGUGAUGAGUCAAGCUCUGGCUCUGGGGGCUCAGAAGAACUGGACAAAUCCUGAUGAUCUCGACAGGACGGCACUCCAUGAAGCUGUCUUAUCCGGCUCAGUGAUGGCGUGCGAAUUUCUUCUGUUGAAUGGUGCUGACAUUAAUGCCAAAGAUCGCAACGGAUAUACGCCUCUGCAUCUGGCCACAGAGAAUGGCAGCACAGCUCAGGCGUAUCUGUUGCUCAAGAAUAGGGCCAAAUAUGAUAUUGUGACGGCAGAGGGGAAGCAAGCCAUCGACAUUGCCGUAGAUAGUGCCAAUGCUGACAUCGUCACUCUUCUUCGAUUAACAAAGUUGAAUGAAGAAAUUGGCAUGUCGGAGCAAGGAGUGGGCGGUGACGAAACUUACAACGAUGUGAUGAAGGACUUCUCCCAUUUUGCUAUAAAUCAACCGCAUCGUCUGCAACGUUCCAAGGUGGACGGGCAAGAGGCGGAGUGAAAACUCAACACUGAAGAAUCUCGUAUGUUAUUCCACUAACUGUAUUUGUAAUUAUUGUGUUUUUUCUCAUUUUCUAAUUAUUUACUGUUUAUACAAUUUAUUCUAUAUACAAGAAAAAAAUGUUGUUCCAAUUGAGGAUUAAAGUGAAAGAUUAAGAAGA